AUGGUUUUCCUGGCAAUGAGACGGGCAAAGGCCCUGUGGUACAGAAAGGCUGGGAGCCUGCUUGGGAAAGGGAAUAAAGUCCAUGUGUCUGGAGAGGAGCUGGUGACCUGGGCACAGAUCCACAUCAGAGCCAGGCCUGCCCCUGAUCUCUGCUUUGAGAUGGUGAAUGUAGCAGGAGACGCCUUUGGAAACUGUGGAAAGGACAUGAAUGGUGUAUACAAGGAGUGCGACUUGAGAGAUGCCAAGUGUGGGAAGAUCCAAUGUCAGACCUCUGAGAUGCGGCCUCUGGAGUCCAAUGCGGUGCCCAUCAACACUGACAUCAUGAUGAAUGGGAAGCAGAUCAAAUGCCGGGGCACUCAUGUCUACCGAAGUCCUGAAGAGGAGGGUGACAUGCUGGACCCAGGCCUGGUCAUGACUGGGACCAAGUGUGGCUACAACCAUAUUUGCUUCGAGGGACAGUGCAGGAACACCUCCUUCUUUGAAACCGAAGGCUGUGGGAAGAAGUGCAAUGGCCAUGGGGUCUGCAACAACAACCAGAACUGCCACUGCCUGCGGGGUUGGGCCCCUCCCUUCUGCAACACGUCUGGCCCAGGGGGCAGCAUCGACAGCGGGCCCAUGCCCCCCGACAGUGUUGGACCUGUGAUCGCCGGUGUGUUCACAGCCAUCUUUGUGCUGGUGGCCCUUAUGCUGGUGUACUACUGCUGUAAACAGAACAACAAACUUGGCCAACUCAAGCCCUCGGCCCUCCCUUCCAAGUUGAGACAGCAGUUCAGCUGUCCUUUCAGGGUGUCUCAGAACAGUGGAACUGGCCAUGCCAACCCUACUUUCAAGUUGCAGACACCCCAGGGCAAACGAAAGGUGACCAACACCCCUGAAACCCUACGGAAGCCCUCCCAGCCUCCUCCGCGGCCCCCUCCAGACUAUCUGCACGGCGGGUCCCCACCUACACCAUUGCCAGCACAUCUCAGCAGGGCUACUAGGGACUCCCCAGGGGCCAGAUCCCAAGUUGAGAGAAAGGAGUCAUCCAGGAGGCCUCCCCCAAGUCGUCCAGUGCCCCCUGCACCAAAUUGCAUCCUCUCUAAGGAUUUCUCCAGGCCUCGACCGCCCCAGAAGGCCCUCCCAGCGAACCCAGUGCCAGGCCGCAAGAACCUCCCCAGGCCAGGAGGCACCUCCACGCUGCGGCCCUCUGCUGCUGGCCUUCAGCCGCCCCGGCCUCUGGCGGCACCUGUCCCUAAGUUUCCUGAAUACAGAUCACAGAGGGCUGGGUGGAUAACUAGCUCAAAAAUCUAGACCCAUCUAAGGGGUUCUCCCUUUCCUCGAGGACUCCAGACACCACAGAAGACCUAUGGCCAUGGAAUCUGGAAGAAGCAUGUCUGGCCACUUCUGAGUUCCUCCUGCCCUCCUCCUGGAACCACCACAUCUCCAAAAAUCCCCUUCUUGACUCAACCUCCUUGUUCUUCCUCGGUGGCCCAAAAGGUCUAUACCAAUGGCUUCUAAGUGUUGUUCUGUGCAAUAUCCAGCCCCAGGGAGAGAGGGGAGAGCAGGGAGGAGGAUGAAUGGCAGCUUCUCCCUCCAGCCUCCCAGCCCAGAGGUGCAAGGAUGUCUGCGCCAGCCAGCCCAGCUGGGAAAAGUUCUGUUCAGCCCACCGGACCAGGCCUUAGCUUGGAGAAGCCAUCCAUCCACAUGCUGUAGUGGAGGGUAUGCAUGAGAGCUUUCCGUUGCUUCCGUCUCCCUCAAAGGUCCCAGGCUGGACAGAGGCUGGACACUUAGCCAUCCCUUUUAGCUUUUAGAGAUCAAGGAAGGGUCAAGCCAGCCAUUCCUGUGGUCCUGCCUAGGGCUUGGUUGAGGUGACAGCUCCUGGCUAUGUGGCUGCAUGUGAUGAGCCAUGUCCCCUCCCCACCUCCCCCCAGGCCUCCAACUUUCCUUGUUCACAUGGGUCACUCUGACUCAGACAGGUACUAUUUGUAGGCAGUGUAGACAGCAAGGGGAGCCCCAGGCUUGGGUCUUCUCUGAGCCGUGAUGCCAAAGGUUGCGAUUCUCCACUCCUGAUAAUCCUUGAUCACUCUUUGUUCUCUCUUCUGCACUAUCCUAGUGUCCCAUGCUUUUGUCUUUUCCUCCCCACCUCAGACCCUUUCUAAUGUGUGGUGCUUUGGUAAGUGGACUCUCAGUGGUCCUGAGCUCCUGGUGACUGGUGCUCAUGACCAAAAAAUCAAGGUCCUGCCUCAAGGGCUGGCCACUGGAUUUCCUGCAUCAGAUCUCAGGACUGGUGACCAGAGUAGACUGGGGGCAUGGCCAUGGGGAUCAUAUCUUUAUGUUUCAUUGUGUUUUGUGACCUCAGCAGCAGGAGAGUCUUCCUGCUUACUUCCUGACCUGAAUCUAGGUGGGAUUCCUAGGGAUUGCAGCAGGUAUAGUGAAGGGAGCAGGCAUCCCAGGCACCCCAGUUAGUAACAAAGAACACACAAAGGGGCCCACUUGUCCCUAGUGGUCUGGUCACUGACAUGAGGCAGGACCAUUGCCCUCUGAGCAGAGAGCAGGCCUGUUUCUAACCAAGGGAGCUGUUGGAGAUCCCUGGCGAAGGCAGCCAUCAACAGCCAGGUUG